AUGACAAUGCAGAGUAUUCCUAGCGUUUUUUUACCUAUUUCAACUAUUUUCACCUUGCAGAGUCCAGCUCUUGAUGGAGAAAAAAAUGAAUCGAAAGUAGGUAGGCAGACUAACUGUUACUUCCGAGGGAACACAAGUCAGCCUUACGUGACCAGCACGACGAACAGGGCCCAAGGUGGCUGUGUUGGGCUGAAAUUCAUGCAUGAGGCUGUGCAGGCAUCAGGAAAAGAAAUUUUGACAACUCACCAAGGCAGAAUCAAGAGGGCCGGACCAUGGGCCCGCGGAUAUUUUCCAAGACGCGUUCGAGGCAUUUUGCAACGAACUAUCCGACAAGGAAAAAGAAAGCCUCCCACUGUCCGAAAAUGUCGACGAUCUGAUCGCUUGGAUCCAGACGGAGAUGAAGCAAACUUUGAAGAAGCAGGAUCAAAGGACCCGAUUGGAGAGUUAAGCUCGAAUUACAUCGACUACAUGGAGAAAUUCAGUAGCAUGUUCAACGAGAUCGCACGCAAGCUGCCAGCCUACGAAAACCAUGUCGAGCAACUCCGGUCUUUGCUGGCCGCGCAGGGCCGGACGAUCUCGUCACGUCUUGUGCACGCCCUGGCGAAUGUUUACGCGGACCUCAUCCGAUUCUGCCACCCGGCUAUUCGUCUUUUCUCUGCAAAGCGUUCUGACAGCUCUUCGAAUUCGAAGUGCUUUUCAUCGCAUGAAGAGGCCCUGCUAUUCUACGCGCGAUAUGAUGCCCAGAUGCAAAGGGACCGAGAGACGAGCGUCGAGGCGGAACAGGCGGCGUUGAGAGAGCAGUUUCAGUCGCGGAUCAACGAACUGGGUCUAUGGAUUGAUCCACCCCAGUGGAAAGAAUCCUACGACGCUGCUGCCCAUUCGAGGGCGACGGGGACGUGUAGCUGGGUUCUCCAGGAUCCAGAGUAUCAAGCAUGGAAGUCCCAGCGUGACGGUGGGACAAAACGCGUGCUCUCCAUCCAAGGAUUUGGGAAGACAACUCUCUGUCCCGUUGUAAUUGACGAUCUCAGUGCGAGCGAGAUACCCCCUGCCGGAUCAACGACAUCAUCCCCAACAAAUGUGGUCGCCUAUUAUUUUUUCAAUCAACAACAGCAUCAAGAAAGCCCCGGUUCGGCUUUCCGCUAUCUCCUUGCCCAGGUCCUGCAUGGCCUCCAACAUAGCCAAAAGGCCAUCGACAUCGCGUCAACCCUCUUCGAUAAGCGGAACCUGGGUCAGCACAGGGCAACCGACGCCGAGAUCUUUGCCGUUCUCCAACUGCUUCUCAAGGAGUUCCCCAGGUUCUACUUGGUCAUCGACGCUGUCGACGAGUGCAGCGACCCGGAGCACUUCCUUGACCGCCUAUAUAUACCGUCACAGGAGCUCGCCAGGCGAGGCUUUCUACCAAGCACGGCCAGUCUCGAGGAUUACGUCGACAAAAUCAUCUCCCGGGCCAGUGGGAUGUUUCUCUGGGUCAAGCUGCUGGUCAACUUCCUCUACAUGGACGUCCUCACGUUGAACCAAAGAUGCGACGCGAUCGAGUACCUCAAUCGGCUGGAAGGCCUCGACGCGUUGUACAGGGCCAUUGCAGCCAAACCCCGGGAGCGUUUUUCCGGACAAUCGAACCUGAACAUCCGGAAGGGCCUGAAGUGGAUUCUAGGCGCCCGCAGACCGGUCGACAUCGACGAGUUUGCCGUCGCUGUCGCCGUCCCCCUCGAUCGGCCGCUCUCUGCGGCCGACACAAUCCCGAAUCUCGAGCGAUCCCUCAGUAAUGUGUUUGGAGGGCUCCUUGAACUGACAUCAAAACGAACCGUCUGCUUCAUUUACCUGUCGGCCUACGAGUUCUUCUCUUGCACGGAAGGGGAUGACGGCCCGUCCACAUCGACAAGAUCAGAAUUUCAGGCAGACCACGCAGAGGUCCAGCACUGCAUUGCCAUGUGCUGCUUGUCAUAUCUUGUGUACACCAUCCCUGGCGAGCCACUUAGCGGCGACGUCGAUACGACGCCGGAUGCUGACUUGACAAAGCGGCGGUUUCCUCUCCUGCCGUAUGCCUCUCAGUUCUGGUCCCAACACGUAGUAGACGCUAUUACGGGAACUUUAGCAAGCUGCAACACCUCCCGCCCCAGCCUCCAGGAGCUUCUUCAUGUCUUUAUCCGAUUUCUCGUCCAGGCCUUCACUCAAUCCCGAUUCUGGCACCAGACGGUCCACAGCCGAGUCAUCCCCAUCGCGCGUCCGGAAAGGAUUCAUGCAGCCUCGGAGAGGAAUAUUCUGAUCAAAAGUCAGGCCUCCCUUGAUGCCACAAAAUUAGCCACUAUUCGAUUGAUCCCUCCAAGCUCAAUGUUCGAAAUUCCAGAGAACUCGAACUAUCUGGUCGAUAUUGUUGGCUGGCAAGCUCGGUAUGAUCUGUGGAGUCUCGAGCCGAAUGAACACUUGGACGCUAUUACGUGGAAUGUCGAGCCCGCCGCACUGAAGACAUUGUUCGAAGACGCUACGAAUGGACUGCCUGGCUGGCGGAAGUGGACUGGUUUUCGGUUUCCGGUGGCCAUUGCAGAUGACCUCCAGGCGGUGAUUGUUCUCAAUUCGGUCGUCCGACUCAGCCCCGGUUUGGCACAGGUUUGGUAUAAUACCCUGGAUGUCUUCGGCAGACUGCCGUCUCACAGGGAGCCUGUCGUCGAUGCUUCCUUUCAGCUAAAACUGUGGGGUUCUGGACGCGUCGUCGCCGUGUUCCGUCGUACAUUGGGAUACUCUUACUCGCCUUGCGGAGAACUGGUGCAUGGAGGACUCCUUCAGUUUCUCCACGACGUGAACUUCGCCACGGGACACCCCAGGCCCUCGUACGGCUGUUUUGAGUCGUGGCACUUGCAGGUCGUGUCGGCAUACACGGCCUCCUUCCUCGACCGAGCGACGGUCUUUCAUCCCCGUCUUCCCCUUGUAGCUUUCCAUGCGUUGAUCCCUUCGCGGACGCCAUGCUCCGGGAGACUUGAUCCCGGUCCCGUCAAGACAUACUUGUGGCACUUUGGGGGUUCUCUGAACGACAGCAAGCAUCUUACCAAUCUCCCGGUUCGUAAUUUGUACGUCAUUCACGAUGGCCUCCUCGAUUCACUGGGCUUCAUCAGUGAUGGGGAGUAUAUCCACGGCGAGGAUUCCAAGACGGGGGAUCCUGUCGUCAUCAAACUCGACGACUUUUUGAAGGAGAAGGAGCAGCAGCGGCAACCGCGCACCAUCCAGGAUAAUGAUGAUCGUCAGGUUCGCCUCCCUGUCCGGUCCAACACGGCAUUGCAGCAGCAAGCGCGGAAGAGGACCUUCGAACAUCUCGUCUCUCUUUGCAAGAGGGAUCGGCCAAAAAACGCCGUCAAGCACACGGAUUCCUUGACCUUCGGCCGCAACCGCGACGGGGUCGCGCAGAUCUCGAAACUGACGCAACUGGACGAGGGAGCCAUCGUGCUGCAGACCCUGGGCGCGGACGGCAAGCUGCAUCUGCAGACGCUGUCUCGCCUUCCGGACAAGAUCCGAUCGUCCAGCGUGGCGAGUGUUCUGAACACGGCCGCCGCCGGCAGGCGCGAGGGCUAUUCCCGGAUUCUGCUGAACAAGGGCGCCCAGGAGCGAUAUUCACUGGAUGACGUGGGCGAUCUGUCGCUGCCGGCGAUUGUAGAGCGGUCCGAGACGAGCGUUCCCACCUACACGAGCGACGGUAGUAAUCAUAAUAACAUAUUUCUCUUGGAAGCCCAAGACACAGGCGAGGAGCAGGCGCCUAGUCUGAAACGAAGGAAAACGACGUGUAUUUCUUGGACAAUGUCCUAG